AAAAUCUUUACCUGGCCCAAUUUUCCCUUUAAAAGUCCACCCAUCAGCCCCAUUUCCUAACAAACGCAAGCAUAUGCCUAUUGUUUGACAACCCAGUACUAUACCAACCCAUAAAACCUUGCCUGACCAAAAAUAAAAGGGCAGAAAAUUAAGAUUUAGUCUUUGUGUAUUGUGCCUCAAAGUUGGAGCUGGAAAAUGACUUCCUUUGAUAGAAAGCUUGAGAAGCAGCUUAAAGAUAGAGAAUUUGAGAGGCAAAUUAAGGAGGCUGGGAAUAGACUCAUUAACCCUCCUUCCUCCAUUGAUGAUCUUCUCACUCUUCUUGAUAAAGUUGAAAAUUUGUUAGCAUAUGUGGAGCAAGAACCAUCCAAAUCAAUGCGAGAUGCACUUUUACCCUCAGUGAAGGCAUUGAUCACUGAUAAACUUUUGAGACAUGCUGAAAUGGAUGUGAAGGUUUCAGUUGUAUCUUGCAUUAUUGAGAUUACAAGGAUAACAGCACCAGAUGCCCCAUAUAAGGAUGAGCAAAUGAAAGAAAUAUUUCAGUUUAUUGUGGCAGCAUUUGAAAAUAUGCCUCAUGUGUCUACUCGCUCUUAUAAGAAGGUGGUUUCAAUUCUUGAUACCAUUGCAAAGGUCAAGUUAUGCUUUGUGAUGCUGGAUCUUGAGUGUGAUGCAUUGGUUGUUGAGAUGUUUCAAAGUUUCUUAAAGAUAAUUAGGUCCAACUAUCCACCUUUUGUACUUUCAGCCAUGGAAACAAUUAUGAAUCUGGUCAUAGAUGAAAGUGAAGACAUUUCUUUGGAUCUUCUCAGUUCACUCUUUGCUAUUGUAAGAAAGGAAAAUCAAAAUGUUUCACCUAUUUCGUGGACAUUAGGGGAGCAAAUAAUCACAAGGAUUAAUGCCCAGCUAGAAAGGAUAAUGGCACCCACUCAAAAACUACCCAACGAGCUUGAGAGUGCACAUGAUGUGAAUGUUGAAGUUGUUAAACGUGCUUCUGAUCAACCCUCCACAAUCCUUGAAGAUCUACAUCUUGGUAAAGUCGAAGAGGUUAAAACCACAAUGUUUCCUAUGGUUCAUAAAGUUCAAGAUGAGAUUAUGCUAAUUCCACACAUUGAUUUUGUAAUUCCAAAUGAGUCUAAUGCGGUGGAAUUCAAGGUUCUAUUAGUUUAG